CAUAGUAAAGUGGUGAAACGGCGAUAUUUACCUAUACGUACUGUUUGGGUUGCUAGUUUACAAACUGUUUCUCUCGGCUUCGUGAUGCAACAACCGGUUAGGUUGUUGUAACAACACAGGGUUAUAUAUUUUGUAAACUUCUGAAAAACGGUAGUAAAAUCAACAACGGUCUUUCUAACCUUAGGUCUAAGGCGACCAGGCGCCUCCACUUUGCAAUAUGGUUUCACAAAACGAUUUAUUAGUAAAAUGUGUGUUCACAAUAGCCCUUAUAACAAUUGUAAACGGAGGCAAAAACUCCGAUGAGUACAAUAAGCCUGAUAUUGCUAGAGUAGGAAAAACGAGGAGAUCGAAAAUGACUCAAAAAACUGCUGUCGGUACGUUAUCAAACGUGAUAACGCAGAUACAGAAUUUGCCGACUAUGGACCUGGGCAGGAAGUUUCGGACUCCUUGCAAGACUGGUAAUCGAUGUGGCAAGGUGAUCAAACGGCUGAUGGUCCCGAAGUUAGCGCAGUUGGAGAACACUAUAAUGGGCAUCAUGAAGGACCUUGCGAAGAUGCCGCCAGGGUCCCGCCUCCCAGACAAGUUCACCAAGACUGAACCCAUCAAACUUCUUCUGGACCAGAACUAUAAGGAAGACGUGUGCAUGGAUAAACUAGAGUCGUGCCUGAAGGAAGACAAGCGGCGCAAGCGCAUUCUAAAGAAACUUUUCUUCAAGAAAUACAAUGCACUGCGGCAAGAGCUGAUCGGAUAUGGGGGGCGGCGGCUGUGGGGUGGAGAGGGCAAUCUAUUCUAUAGGAGAUAGUUUGUAUGUAGUCGUAGGUUUAGGUAUAAUUGAAUAAAAGUUAACGAAUAAAAGGUACUUUUUAUUUAUCCAAUGUCCAA